UCGCGCCAGGGAGCAGCGAGCUUCCGCACCGCUCCUUAACUGCUGUCAAGUAGCUAAGCAACACUAGCUAGCACUAUGUUAUCGCAAUCUAGAUGUGCAUACCGGACGAUUGGUCGCUCUCUGUCAGCGGUGAGCCAGGCCAACAAUGUUCUGGUCCGGCAAAGUGUAUCAGGCCUCCCUGUCUGCAGCCGGCUAGUUUACAGGAAUUCUCAGCCAUGUGAAUUGCCAUUAUUAGUGAAUAUCUCCCACAUCAGAUUCUUCAAGACAUCAGCUGUUCACAGGGAUGAAGUUGUUACAGUCAAAACUCCUGCGUUUGCAGAAUCGGUUUCAGAGGGCGACGUGAGGUGGGAAAAAGCUGUGGGUGACUCAGUGACAGAAGAUGAAGUGGUGUGUGAAAUUGAGACCGACAAGACCUCGGUACAAGUCCCCGCUCCAGCAGCUGGUGUGAUUGAGGAACUGCUGGUGCCUGAUGGAGAGAAGGUAGAAUCCGGGAGGCCCCUCUUCAAACUACGGAAAGGAGCGGUUGCUGCCAAAGCUGCUCCCUCCCCAGCUGCAGAGGCCCCAGCUGCAGCCCCUCCCCCACCUCCCGCUUCAGCCCCCAGUGCCAUGCCUCCAGUCCCCCCAGUGCCACCACAAGCCAAACCUGUUGCUGCCAUCAAGCCCACAGCUGCAGCUCCAGCACCUCCAACACCAGGAGGCAGAGGAGAAAGCAGGGUGAAGAUGAACCGUAUGAGGUUGCGGAUUGCCCAGAGGCUAAAGGAGGCUCAGAACACCUGCGCAAUGUUGACCACCUUCAACGAGGUGGACAUGGGAAAUAUUCAGGACAUGAGGACAAUCCAUAAGGAUGCUUUCUUAAAGAAGCACAACAUCAAGCUGGGUUUUAUGUCAGCGUUUGUGAAAGCUGCAGCACACGCUCUGACUGACCAACCUGCUGUCAAUGCCGUUAUUGAUGAUUCAACCAAAGAGAUUGUCUACAGGGAUUACGUAGACAUUAGCGUCGCUGUGUCAACUCCAAAGGGGCUUGUUGUGCCGGUGAUCCGUAAUGUUGAGACCAUGAACUUUGCAGACAUUGAGAAAACCAUUAAUGCAUUGGGAGAAAAGGCUCGUAACAAUGAGCUUGCUGUUGAAGAUAUGGAUGGAGGCACCUUCACCAUCAGCAACGGUGGCGUGUUCGGCUCCAUGUUUGGCACACCCAUCAUCAACCCCCCCCAGUCCGCCAUCCUGGGCAUGCAUGGCAUCUUCGACAGACCUGUGGCCCUCAAUGGCAAGGUUGAGAUCCGGCCCAUGAUGUACGUGGCGCUGACGUACGACCACCGACUCGUUGACGGCAGAGAAGCGGUCACCUUCUUACGCAAGAUCAAAGCGGUGGUGGAAGAUCCACGAGUGCUGCUUCUGGACAUGUGAUGUUUCUGCCACCACAUUAAUCCUAUUUAAAGCUGCAUUUAAAAAAAAUAAAUAAAUAAAUACUCCACAUCACAAAACGCGCACAAGUCAAACAAAAUCGCCGACACAACUAUUGUGUUUUUAUCUGUUCAAUUUUUUAUUUUUUUUUCCUGUUCCAGUCAGACUGCCGGGAGGAUGUUGAGAUUGUGUCCCAACACUUAUAUGAGGCUUCAAUACGUGGUAUUAUCUGUAGAGAAUGUACUUUGGCUAGAUCAACAAAGCUAAAACAUUGCUUGCCAUCUUCUAUCGCUUAUUGUUUUGCUACAUUUGAAUUUAACGAAGAGAAAAGUGACAUUUACAUUACACGUCUUAAGACAAAUAUUGGCAUAAACAGGCUUAAAAUGUUGAGGAUAACUCUCAUAUGGUUGUGUUAUUUUACUCGUGUUCUUCAGUUGGACGAGUGACGAGUAGUAGAUAAACACUCCCUGUGUCACUUUUGUGUAAUCCUGAAACAAAAUGGCUUUUCCAGGCAACAGUUGGCUGCAUGACUCUUUCUCCCCCGCUCGUUAGUUGGUGCUCCUGAGCCACUUUUUUCUACACCAGGGCCAAGCGGAGCUCACUUAAAUUAGUUCAAGAUGUUUUCAAUGUUAACACAGGAUUAAGAGAAGUCCUUCUUUUGCUGCUAGUUAUUGUUACCUGCAACAGUCUGG